AUGAAGUUUACGGCACUGGCGUUCUCCAUCGCCGCGGCUGUUUCCACAGUCAGCGCCUACGCCAUCACAGCUGACGGUGUCAACUGUCGAUCCGGUCCCUCAACCAGCCACUCAGUCGUCCGAACGUACAACAAAGGCACAGAUGUCAAGCUGCAGUGCCAAGAAGCAGGGGAAUCCAUCAACGGAGAUGUUCUCUGGGACAAGACUGACGCCGGAUGCUAUGUUGCUGACUGGUACGUGCAGACCGGCACAAGCAACUAUGUCACCGGCAAAUGCUCUGGUGGUGGUGGUGGAGGCAGCGGCAUCAACGGCAAGAUCAGUCGCCAGGAAAUCAUCGCCCGUGGCCAAUAUUGGGUCUCCAAGCAUGUCCCUUAUUCCAUGGAAGCGACCUACCCGGAUCAACAGGGCACUCGCUAUAGAACAGACUGCUCUGGCUUUGUUACCAUGGCGUUACAUGCCACUGCUCCGGGUUACAACACCGUGAGCCUCCCCGAGAUUGCUAAGCCCAUUGCUUGGGCUGAGCUUCAGCCUGGUGACUUGGUCGGUACUCUUGGACCUGGCACUGGUGGUGCUGCUGGCCAUGUCACCCUUUUCCACUCGUGGGCCGAUCCUUCGCACAACUCAUACAACACCCUUGAGUGUAGGGGAGGUGCUGGCUGUGUUGCUUACAAGCGACCGGUUGGAUGGACUGAUGGUCCUUACACCGCUAAGCCUUAUAGAUACAUUCGUGUCGAGUAG